AUGAAGUCAAGAAGCUGCAAGUUAUUCUUCAAGCUCCUCCUUCUCAUAUCCUUCUUACUUGUCCUCAUCUCCUUCUUCCAUCACAUUCCAACCUUGUUAUCACCAACUCCAACUCCUCUCUUUCCCACUGAAGCUCUCCCCACCAAAACAGGCUACCUCUCAGUCAAUCCAACCACCUCUUCUGCUAUUUUUUAUGCCUUCUAUGAAGCUCAGAACCCCAUCUCACCAUUCUCCAAAACUCCACUUAUUAUAUGGCUCCAGGGUGGCCCUGGCUGCUCCUCCAUGGUUGGCAACUUUUUUGAGCUUGGCCCUUGGCGUGUCACAUCUCGUAAGACUUUCAGCUCUGAAACCAUUGCACUUGAACCAAAUCCAGGUUCUUGGAAUCGAAAAUUUGGACUUCUUUUCCUCGAUAAUCCAAUUGGAGCUGGGUUUAGUAUAGCCAUGACACCCAAAGAAAUCCCAAGGGACCAACUUUCUGUUGCCAAGCAUCUUUUUGCUGCCAUUACUUCGUUUAUUGAAUUAGACCCCUUGUUGUUCAAGUCUCGUCCAUUGUAUUUUGCUGGUGAGAGCUAUGCUGGGAAGUAUAUUCCAGCAAUUGGGUACUAUAUCUUGAAAGCAAAUGCUAACUUGCCAGUGUCACAGCAAGUGAACUUAGGUGGAGUUGCUAUAGGAAACGGGUUGACAGACCCUAUUACACAGGUUGCUACUCAUGCUACUCAUGCUUACUAUUCUGGUUUGAUCAAUGAGAGGCAGAAAAGUAUGUUGGAGAAAGCACAAUGGGAAGCCAUUAAACUGACCAAAAUGAGGAAGUGGAGAUUAGCAACAGAUGCUAGAAGCGAAGUGUUGCGAAUGUUGCAAGGAAUGACAGGGUUGGCUACUUUGCAUGAUUUUAGUAAGAAAGCACCUUAUAAAACAGAAAUGGUUUUUGCAUUUUUAAGGAAAAAAGAGGUGAGGAAGGCUUUGGGAUUGAAUACUUCAAAGAUUUAUGAUUUGUGCAGCAAUGAUGUGGCAACUGCUUUGCAUGAUGAUUUCAUGAAGAGUGUGAAGUUCAUGGUAGAAAUUUUGGUGAAGAAGAGCAAGGUACUAUUAUAUCAAGGCCAUUUUGAUUUGAGAGACAGUGUGCUUUCAACUGAGGCUUGGGUUAAGACAAUCAAGUGGGAAGGGCUUAACCAGUUUUUGAUGGCAAAUAGGAAGGUUUGGAGAGUGAAUGGAGAGCUAGCAGGGUAUGUGCAGAAAUGGGGGAAUUUGAGUCAUGUUGUGGUUUUAGGAGCUGGGCAUCUUGUGCCUACUGAUGAAGCAGUUAGUUCUCAAGCAAUGAUGGAAGAUUGGAUUUUAGAGAGGACGUUGUUCAGCCGCGAGGAAAAGGAGGUUGUGUCAUAA